CUGCCUCUUGAUAAAUUGUAAGGGGAGCUUGGGAAAUUUCAUCCAACGAUUCUUCCGCUGAGCUGUCAUGCAGUAGCUAAGAAUAUACUUUCCCUGGGUAAUGUUCCACUCGAACCAAUCAGACGGAAAAGCCAAAAGGCUUCUUGAGCCCUAUAUCAUGCCUUGCCAAUGAAUGCACAGUUAUGGACAUAUCCCAGGUGCAGGGUCUACACCGUAACGUCUCACAUCAGCCGAAAGUUUACAUAUGAAACAGAAAGAGUUUUGAUCAAAACACAGAUACUCUCCACUGAGUCUCUCGGCUUUCUUAACAGAGAUAUAACACAUAACUCCACAAUUUGAUGGACAUCAAGGAAGACACAUUACGAUUGAAUUCAUUCACAGCAUUGCCGCCGAUAUUAACGGUGAACAUUCACCAAUUCCAUGAGUUACAGCCUCAGAGCUACCCCACCAAAAUCACUCCACCCGCCCCAAACCACCCCACUAUAGCUACGAAUACUCUCGUAUCUAGAUACAUAAACAAAGCUCUCCCGCGGAGAUCUUUCAACUCAUCAUUUACUCCCAGAUAUCUCUCAAUAUGUCUCAUUUUUUCCAUGAUGCCAAAGCAGCCAUCGGCGACUUUGUACAUGAAGUCGAGUCGGAGGUGUCCAAGGUUGCAGGAAUCACAGACGGCGAGAAACACAGCCACACUCAUAUCGGAGAGGCAUGCCAUGCACUUCAUGUAAAUGGAAACGAGAACAGAUUUGGCAGUUUCGCUCCUCCAAGAACCGGUCAUGACAUUAAAUGGCAUAUCGACGGGUGUGCAUAUAUGUGGGCUGUAUCUGUCGCCUUGGAAGAGGCACAGGAAAGUAUCUGGAUUCUGGAUUGGUGGCUUACCCCUGAGCUUUAUUUGAGGAGACCCCCAUCGGCAAACGAGGAAUACAGAAUCGACCGCAUGCUUUUGGCUGCUGCUGAGAGAGGUGUCAAAGUGAACAUCAUCAUUUACAAAGAGGUUACUGAAGUCUUGACAUUAUGCUCUGAGCACACCAAGAAAGCUCUAGAGGUUCAUCCUAACAUUUCUGUAUUCCGACAUCCGGAUCAUGUUCCAAGUGGCAUUCACGUCGAAUCGGAACUUAUUACAGACUUGAAGAAUUUCAGUUUGAGAGACUUUGAUCUUGCGCAGCUUCCUAAAGAGGGCAUUGAAGCUUUAUAUGGAGCCCGAAAUGAUGUUGUUCUUUACUGGGCACAUCACGAAAAGCUUUGUCUAGUUGAUAGUAAAGUAGCUUUUAUGGGUGGUCUGGACUUGUGUUUUGGUAGAUGGGAUGUAAAUCAGCAUCCAAUUUCUGAUGCACACCCAAGUGACCUAGACAACAUUGUUUUCCCAGGUCAAGAUUUCAAUAAUGCAAGAGUGUAUGACUUUCAAGAUGUUGCAAAUUGGCAAGAGAAUAAGCUUGAUCGUACUAAGUACUCUAGAAUGGGAUGGUCGGAUCUAUCAAUGUCUUUAACAGGACCAGUUGUCGAGGACCUUCGAGCUCAUUUUGUCCAAAGAUGGAAUUUCAUUUUUCGAGAGAAAUACGACACUCAAGAUACAAGAUACACAGCAUUGUCCUUGAUUCCUAAUAAUAUCCCUGAUGGAUACUAUAACGAAGAUGGUACAAAUGUUGGUUCAUCUACCGAGGGUGCAAUUUCCAAUACAUUCCGUCGAGCAGGUACAUUCUUGGGUGGCUCAAGAGGAAAUUCAGGGUAUGGAGAGGAUCAAAAUGGCGUUUCUAUUCAACUCGUAAGAAGUUGUACUGAGUGGAGCAAUGGUGUAGCCACUGAGCACUCGAUUGCCAAUGCCUACAUUGAAGUUAUUCAACGAAGUCAACAUUUCAUCUACAUUGAAAACCAGUUCUUCAUCACCGCCUGUUCCGAUGAGCAAGAUCCCGUUGAAAACAAAAUCGGAGCGGCGAUCGCAGACAGAAUCAUUCGUGCUUAUCAAAAUGGUGAACAAUACAAAGUUAUUGUUUGUAUGCCAGCAGUUCCAGCUUUCGCAGGCGAUCUCCAUGCGGAUGAUGCUUUGGGAACUCGUGCAAUUAUGGAGUAUCAAUAUAAUUCAAUCUGUCGUGGUGGUAACUCAAUUAUGGAAACUGUUGCUAAAGCCGGAGUACCCGAUCCAAAGGAUUACAUCCGAUUCUACAAUUUGAGAAACUAUGAUAGACUUAACAACAACGGCACGAUGACUCAAACCGAGGAAGAAAGUGGUGUCAGCUAUGAAAGUGCUAGAAAAGAGCACGAUGAUAUCGUUGGUGCUGGAUAUGGCGGUUACGGUGAAGAAACUGGUGCUCGUUGGGGCCAAGAGAAUUACGAGUAUGAACAGUACCAGAGAGCCGCCCCUCGUUCCCAAGAGCACGACACAGUAGCAGCAUGCUAUUUGGAAGAUGGUCCAUCUAUCACAUCUAUUCCUUGGAAUGGUACCCCCGAAGCCGAGCUCGAUGCUUUUGUCAGCGAGGAACUUUACAUUCAUACCAAACUUCUCAUCGCCGAUGAUCGCGUUGUAAUUUGUGGUUCAGCUAAUCUCAACGAUCGCUCUCAACUCGGUACCCACGAUUCAGAAAUUGCAAUCGUAAUCGAAGACACAGAAACCGUUGAUUCAUACAUGAACGGUCGCGAGUUCCAAGCCGCCAAAUACGCCACCUCUCUCCGUAGACAACUCUUCCGAAAGCACCUCGGCAUGAUCGCACCACAAGAUUGGACCAGACCAGAUGCAAAUUAUAUGCCCAUCAACAAAGAUCCCAAUGAUUACGAUUGGGGCUCUGACUAUGAUAUCGCUGUCCAGGAUGUGUUUUCUCCCGAAUUCACAAAUCUGUGGAAUGGUCGUGCGAGAACUAACACAGAAGUUUAUUCGAAGGUUUUCCAUGCUAUUCCGGCGGACAAUGUGAGGAACUGGGAUGAUUAUCAUGAGUUUUAUGAACAAUAUUUUGUAUCACCUAGUGAUAAGGAUACUAAGGAAGAAGAUAAAGAGCCUGCGAAAUAUCUUUAUGGACAUGUUGUAAAGGAAGAAUUUCCAGGGGGUGUGGAGGAAGUUAAAGAAGAGUUGAGCAGGGUUAAGGGUAUGCUUGUUGAGAUGCCCCUAUUGUUUAUGGAUGGGGUCGAUUUCGCAAAGGAGGGGUUGAGUUUCAAUGCUUUGACCGAGACGAUUUAUACUUAAAGGAACGUUUGGAUAGAUAUCGGGAUUGGUAGCUCGAGUCCUACUUGGGUUGAUCAUCGACAAUGGUUUUGAAAGCUUUUGAAUCUUUCUAAAGAUAAGUUUUGUCUUGGAUAUUAGAAUUAGGUACAACAAUUAGAGAAGCCUGCUUAGUUACUAGCUACAUAGA